UAAGCUUAAAAACACACAGCUUGAUGUAGGCUGAUGUUAACAAGGAGACUAUUGGUUAUCUCCGAUCCCCUGAAGCCCGGCGGCAUAAUUAAUCUGUAAACUGCACUUCGGAAGUUUUCUUUUCUUUUUUUUUUCUUCUUUAAAUUUUUGGUUCCUUCCUGUGAGACCUGAAGGGCUGAUAAUAAGAAAAGAAAGACAUUGAAAAGGAUCAUGGUGACGGAGAGAAGUACCCUAUGGAAAGGGAUGAUUCUGGUUAGAUUUUAGAUUAGUCUCACUUUGGACACGGACGCAUUUGAUUUGAGUCUGAUGCUGUGAAAGGACAGGCUGUAUAGGACACACGGGUUUCACUUUGCUUCAACACCGUGUGUGUUAUACCGGUGGGGUUUGGUCUCCUUUUGUGUCCCGCACUUCUCCUCCGAGCGCGCGCGAGACCCGGACAUUUCCCGCACCUCCCCGAGUUGAACCAUAGACCGGGAUUACUAAAAACUUUUUGUUUGUUUGUUUGUUUGUUCUCCCUACUCUAUAAACUGAAUCGCUCUCUCAUUUCUUUCUGUGACACUCCAGCUUGCAGCCUUCCUCUUGGAUUGUAAAUAAAGAAGGCAGCGCAAAGAAACACAAACUGGUCGCAGUGCAGCUGCGCUUUUCCAAAGGGGGGAAAACAUGGAUGUACGAUUUUAUCCGUCCUCAGGGGGGACUUCCAUUCCUGGAGAUCCACAGAACAUGGAUUUCUCCCACUGCUCUGGCUACUACAGCUACAACAAGUUUGGAAACAACAAUAACUACAUGAACAUGGCUGAUGCAAACGGGUCUCUGCUCGCUGGUGGGGAUACGUUUCACACUCCAAGUCUCGGAGAUGAAGAGUUUGAGAUCCCGCCCAUCACUCCUCCUCCGGAGACUGAGUCCGGCCUGGGUCUCCACGAUGGGGGCUCGUCCUUCCCUGGGCUUCCUGAACAUCCCAACCCUCAGCGAGUCCAUUUCACCCCGCAGUUCCCACCUCAGAGCCUGGAUCUGCCCUCUAUAACCAUCUCCAGGAACAUGAUGGAGCAGGACGGGGUGGGCAUCAAUAAUGGCCUCCCUGUGGGUAUUUCACAGGCUCAGCUGCGUCAAUACCCACCAAACCCCACCAUGGUCAUGCGCUCCAUCAUCAACAUGAACAACCCCAAUGCGAUGAUGUCACGCAACCAGCUGACCACUAUCAACCAAUCGCAGCUGAGCGCCCAGCUCGGCCUCAACAUGACCGGACCGAACAUCACCCACACGUCCCCGUCUCCGCCGGCCAGCAAGUCGGCUACACCAUCUCCAUCCAGCUCCAUUAACGAAGACGAUCAGGACGAUGGGAGUAAGAUUGGUGAAAAGCGUCCAGCACCAGACGCUGGAAAAAAGCCCAAGACUCCCAAGAAAAAGAAGAAGAAAGACCCUAACGAGCCUCAGAAGCCCGUCUCGGCAUAUGCACUGUUUUUUCGAGACACCCAGGCGGCCAUUAAGGGUCAGAACCCCAACGCUACGUUUGGGGAAGUCUCCAAGAUCGUGGCGUCCAUGUGGGACGGUCUGGGAGAGGAGCAGAAACAGGUUUACAAAAGCAAAACCGAGGCAGCCAAGAAAGAGUAUCUGAAAGCUCUUGCUGCUUAUCGUGCCAGUCUGGUGUCAAAGGCUGCAGCAGAGUCUGCUGAAGCUCAGACUAUCCGUUCGGUGCAGCAGACCCUGGCCUCCACCAGCCUCUCCCCCGGCCUGGCUUUGCCCUCUCCGCUUUCCUCACCUCUCUCCCAGCACCCCUCCAUGCCCUCAGCCUCCCAGGCCCUGCAGCAAGCCCUUCCUCGAGCCAUCGCCCCAAAACCGCUUCAGAUGCGCGUCGGAAACAGCCACGUCGUCACCUCGGUCACCGUGGCGCACCAAAACAUGGCACCGGGCAUGCCGUCGCAAAUGCUGGGCCAGAUGUCCUCGUCGCAGAUGAGCCCGCCCAUGCACGCGGCCAUGCAGCAGCAGCAUUUGCAGCACCACCAGAUGCAGCAGCAGCAGAUGCACCACCAGCAGAUUCAGCAGCAGAUGCAGCACCAGCAUUUCCAGCAUCACCUGCAGCAGCAGCUUCAGCAGCAUCACAUGCAACAGCAGCAGCAGCAGCAGCAGCAGCAACAGCAACAGCAGCAGCAAAUGCAACAGCAUCAGCAUCAGCACAUGCAAAUGCAACACGUGCAGAUGCAACAGAUGCAUCAGAUGCAUCAGCAGCAGUCGCAUUCGCCCGUCCAGCACUCGCCUGGAACGCCACAUUCGGCGUCGCUUGGAAGUCCGCAACCACCGCCUCCGCCGCCUCAGAUCCAAGUCCUCUCACAAGUCAGUAUCUAUUAACUACAAAAAAAAUCCUGCAUUCUCAACUUGGAGAGAGAAGACAUAAAAAAGCUUCGUUUCAAAGUUGCUUUUUUUCGAGUUGCACUUAAGAAGUGUGUAAGAAUAACAUAAGAAUGUUACAAAGAACUGUCCUUUGUUCUAGAUGGAUAUGCAGACACGUGUAUAAAAAAGAAAGAAAGAAAGAAAAGGAACCGAAGGCUAUUGCCCCGAAUUUGUCUAUAAAAUAGGCAGAGCUAUGAAGGGAUAGAGUGCCUGAUUGUUAUUUUUCUGUGUGUGCUUUUCUUUUUCUUUUUAAUCUCUAUCUUUGAGAAAGUUUCUGGGCACAUUGAUGGCAUAGAGACAGUUGGGUCAGGCGAAUUUUUUUUUUUUUUUAUAGCAAAGCUUUAUUUACGAGGCCAAUAUUGGUGAUAACAUUACGAAAGCUCUAAACAGAAACAUUCUGAUAGCUUUUGACUUGACACCAUGGAGGAUGACAUACAAAUUGGAAGUAUUGUUGAACUGUAAAGACGGGAACCUGAACAUGCAGGCGCAGCUUAUAACACACUGCGGAGGAGAUCAACUGCUCUCUGGACAAUAUAUCAAUACAACUUUUCUUCCUUUUCUCCUAACUAUGUUUCUGUAAAAGAACCUUGAGGGAGGAACCACAGAAUCUCCACUUUCCACAUCUCCAGAGAGAGCAAAACAAGAACUUACUUUUAUUACUGGAGAGAACAUAACAUACUGCCAGUGAGCAGAUUUCUGUCAACUGACUCAAAACUGAAAACUCCCAAUCCUGCUGCACAUGAGCUGAGGAAACUUUUCCUCAAAAAAAUAAAUAAAUAAAAAUAAAAAAAAAACUCUGGCUCAAAUGUGUGUAUAAAUAGCACUCCAAAAAAAAAAAAUCUAUGUAUUUGUCUUUACCUCAAAAAUUUAAAUUAUGUUUCUGUUAAGUUUGUAUUCAUUUUGUGUAAUAAAAGUGCAUAUUUUAAGGAUAUUUUAAGGAGAAAUUGCAAAAAAAAAAAAAAAAAAAAAAAAAAAAAAAGUGAAGGACUCACGCUAGUGUUUUAAUGAUUCAUGUAUUUUUACACUGUUCCUUGAUGGCAAUUUAAGUGAAGGGUGGAAUUAAGAGUCCUAGCAAAGUCCUAGCAAAAGUUGGGGAAAAAAUUGAAAGUAUUUUCUGCCAGCUGUAAAAAAAAAAAAAAAAAAAAAAAUGAAAAAGAAAAGAAUACGGUGAUGAAGACAUUACACGGAAGGUGUACAUUUUUCCACAUCACCUGCUCGAGUUUGAAUAUGGAAGGCUUUAAAUUCUGUUGGUAAACUGACCUGUGGAUUGCAAACGUCACAUAGUGCAUCUCCUAUUUUUUUUUUUUUUGUUGUUGUUGACUUUUUUCGUUUCUAAUGGCAGCAGUUCAUUUGUUGUUUCUUUUUGCUUAAGAAUCGAAUCAUCUGCUUUUUGUAAUCUGUCCAUAGAAUAAACACAUUUCCAUAGA